GAACUUAGCUCGUUUCUUAUUGUCAUCAGCUCAGUUCUAUAAGUGAUUCAAUCUGAAGCUGAUCGCCCAAGACAUGGAAAAUUCAGCGGCUGACUCCUUCCGGGAACGCGAUUUCGUUUUUGCCCAGGCUCCGGGCUACGUGCCCUGGCCAGGCAUUCUCACAAGAAAAGACCUUCGCACUGGAAUGGUGUUGUUUAUGUGCACUAAUGAAACCAAGAGCAUUCCUUAUCAAAAAAUCUGGAGGUACGACGAUCGCAGCAAGGAACAGUUUAUCACAAGCCAGAAUAUGGAGUACGAAGAGUUCCGCGAAGCGAUUUGCAUCGCAGAGAAGCUUCGGUCUGGCGACGUGGAUGUUAAUUGUGAUGGCGCAGGGUGGCAGCUGGUCUCACUACCAGAUGUGCUAGCGCCAACUAUAAUAAAUCAGAAUCGAAAAGACUGGCAGCUCAACUAUGUGCGACAGGUGCGAUUGGAGCGCGAGUCCUUGAGCGCAGAGGUGAAAUUCAUCCACGUGAUCAACGUACUGCGCGGCAGCUUGAGGCUUAGAAAACAGGAUUACCCAUCCGCCCUGUGCGCCUUCCAGCAGCUACAAGGGCUGGUCCUUAGCGAACUGCUUCUGGUGCGCAAUUUCGGAGCCGUCGAAGCGGUGCACCAUUUAUGCCGCUUUGCCUCCGAACAGCCACAAGAUCAGAAAGAAGCGAAAAAGGUCAAAAGUCUCGCCAACAAGUUGAUGGAACGUUUCGAGUUGCAUUUUAAGCCACCUUUUAACAGUCCCGAUUUCUGGUCCGAGUACUGCUUGCGCUCCAAAAUCUACCGAAGCUACACCGUGGAUGUUGACCAAGUGAUAUCGCAAUUGGAAUCAGAGCAGAAAGCCGCAGUAAAAUAAAUAUGUAAAACAUUUCAAUGCGCCGGGGAUUUUUAUAGCGAGAACGGCGAAACGGAUCGGUGCUAAGAUACUCUG